AUGGAAACUGAAAAAUACCCAGAACAAGUUAAGAGCAAACCAGACCAAUUGCAUUAUGAAUCAAUCAAGAAAUUGGAAAACACGAAUCUAGGGGAAAGGUGUACCGAAUGGAUGAAAAAAGUGGACCAAUUUCGGAGGUCUACCAAACCAAUUGCAUGUAUAAAUCCAAUUAUUACUUACUAUAUGAUGGAAACUACAUGUAGACCAAGCCAACUAUUUCAAGAAGCUUAUGUCACCAAUAUGUUUGAGGAUCCAGAAGUAAAAAGGCGCAAUGUGAAAUGGAAAGAGAUACUUAUCUAA